CCGUGAUCUCUCGCGAUGUUUCCCACUUCUCGCGCUUCUUUGCUCCUCUAAUCUGUACACGGAGGACUUGCUGAGUUCGGCUGGCGGUUGAGGUGGACAGUAACAAGCAGAAACCAGGUUAUUGGAAGCCCUGAACACCAGUCAUGUCAGAGUUGAGUGGGAAGGUCCAGACCGUCCUGGGUCUGGUGGAUCCGGACCAGCUGGGCCGCACCAUGACCCACGAGCACCUGACCAUGACCUUUGAGUGCUGCUACUUCCCCCCUCCUCCGGGCGACGAGGCGGUUGCCGAGAACCCCUUCCAGAUGCAGCACAUGCACUGGCUGAGACAGAACCCGUACAGCUGCCACGAGAACCUGCUGCUGCAGCAGGAGACCGGCGCCGUGCAGGACGAGCUGCUGGCCUACAGGAAGGCCGGCGGGGGCGCCAUAGUGGAGAACACCACCACGGGCAUCGACCGAGACCUGCCCACCCUCAAGCGGCUGGCCGAGAACACCGGGGUCCACAUCAUCGCGGGGGCGGGCUACUAUGUGGACUGCACCCAUACUGAGGCCACCAAGAGAACCAGUGUGGAGAAGCUCACGGACAUCAUCGUCGGCGAGGUGCUUCACGGCGCCGACGGCACGGACAUCCGCUGCGGCGUGAUCGGAGAGAUCGGCACCGGCUGGCCCAUCACGGAGAGUGAGACGAAGGUGCUGAGGGCCACAGCCCACGCUCAGACCCGCCUCGGCUGUCCCGUCAUCAUCCAUCCUGGUAGGAACCCCGCAGCUCCAACAGAAGUAGUCCGGAUUCUCCAGGAGGCCGGUGGUGACAUCAGCAAAACUGUCAUGUCCCACCUGGACAGGACCAUAUUUGAUGACGGUGAACUGCUUGAGUUUGCGAAGCUGGGGAGCUACCUGGAGUACGAUCUGUUUGGAACGGAGAUGCUGAACUACCCGUAUGACCUGGAGCUGGACAUGCCCAGUGACAGCCAGAGAGUGAAGACCUUGGCGUUCCUCGUGAAGGAGGGCUACGGCGACAAGAUAUUGGUCGCACACGACAUCCACACCAAGAACCGCCUCACCAAGUACGGCGGCCACGGCUACUCUCACAUCCUGAGGAACAUCGUGCCGAAGAUGCUGAUGAGGGGCAUCUCGCAGCAGCAGGUGGACGAAAUCCUCAUCGACAACCCGAAACGCUGGCUGACCUUCAAAUGAAGCAGGAAGAGAGAGCCAAGGAAGGCGUCUCGAUGUAUCGAUUGUUUUAUCUUCAGGCGAUGAAAUCAAUACUUAAAAGUUCUUUGCAAUAAUCAGAGCCAAACUCACUUAUAAAUGUGCUUUAGGGACCUCAAACCAAUGAGCUGUUGUGCAUAAAUUUGUCUUUAAUGUCAAUGUUCAUCAAAUUUCUGAGCGUAGCAAAAUGUUUAGUAUAAUAAUUAACAGGCUGUUUCAUUCAGCUGAAAGAGUUUUUACAGAGGCCCUCGUUAAUUAAAACUUGAUUUCCUAUUUGUGAUUAUAUUAUUCACUUUGUAAGCGAAUAAUCCGGAGGAGCAUCUCGGGAUCAGUGCAUCUCAUUAGCAUUCUUGUUUUGGUCCCAUUUAUGUCACAUAAAUAAAUAGCUUUUUCUUGCCUGCAUAAAUGCGAAUUGCACUCUAAAACAAAUAUUGUCCCUUUUCUUGCAGCGCUCACAAAUGUGGCGCUAAUUGAUUUUUCAAUGUCAAUGUGUCGUUGCUUUGUCUUUGUAGGUGUCUUUGUUUGGUGUCUGCGAACCACGUUUUUAUGGGAUGAAAAUAACGAGCGCGUUAGUAAUCAGUAUGCCGCUCUGCUCUCGACACAACGCGGCUGUGUUGGAUGAGUUGUCCUGUUGCCCCUCAGUGGGUGUCUGGCUGCCUAUGGGAGGCUGGCUGGAUGAAGGACACGUUCUCCUCUCAUCUGGGAACAGGUGGCCUCACAAGGGGGGGGGACUUCACCACAUGAUCAAUGGCGUGGUCGCCCCGCAAGUGACUGUGCUCCGUGAAAAACUAUAUAACUUUGAUCAAUCUCCUGAGAGGAUUAAAAAAAAAAAAAAGUGAGCCAGAGAAUUUAAUUUCCCAUGAUAUUUUUACACAUCAACUGGAGAGGGCUUCACAAUCAAGGAAACAUUUCAGUUGCAACUGUCCAGUUUUGUGAUGGUGACCAAGCACCAGACCACCCUGUUGCCCCCAACCAGCUGUCACAUUGAGACAAGAAGUAUGAGUUACAAUGAUGUUGAGACGGUGCUUCAAUAUGAACAUCAGAAUGGCCCUUUACAGAAGUGUUUCUUAUGCUGCACAGAGUUGAAAUGUCUUUUUUAUAAUCAUGCAUCACUACGACUUUGAACAUUUUCACUCAAAAGGCAACAAAUAUAUUUUUAAAAAUAAAGCACACAUGGACUAACUACACUGUGAACACAGUGGUUGUGAUGUGAGUAUAAUUUUUGCAUCUAUUAAGUCCACACUCGGUAUGUUACCACAGCAGAAUAUGUUUGACAUAUCAGCGAACUUAAUUUGUAAAGCUAAACAGUUCGUCCAGAGUGCAUUAGUGACACUAAUCAAUGUGACACGGGUACAUUUCACACUUCAACAUUCAUUAUCAUUAUUCUGUAGUGACACUGUAAGCUCUUGGGCUUUUGCAAAGUACAGUUUUUUUUCUUCUGCAUGACGUCCUCCACGUCUUUCUGGACUCUUUUUGCUGUAUGGAAAUGAUGUAGCUCUGCCUCCAGUAAUCCAACUGACACUGAAGUGAGCAUGAGCAGUGAAGCGAGCUAUGUGCGGAGUGGAUGUUCCGUGUUUCAGUCAGCGUAC